UGACACGUGUCAAUCAACCCCCCUCCGGCGGGGGGGGCGCGCGCUCCGGGGCUCGCGCCCCUGCCUCGUGCCUGCGCCGCUCGUAUGUAAAUGAGGGCGCGUGACGCGAGACGCAGAUGGACAAGGGAAGAGAGAGAAUGGCCGCCGCCGCCGCCGCUGCUGCCGCCGCCGCCGCCGCCGCUCAGUGCCGGAGCCCGCGGUGCGCGGCGGAGAGGAGAGGAUUCCGGCGGGAACUCGACUCUUGGCGCCACCGCCUCAUGCACUGUGUAGGUUUUGAGAGUAUUUUAGAAGGGCUUUAUGGACCACGGCUACGAAGAGACCUCAGUUUAUUUGAAGACUGUGAACCAGAAGAGCUGACUGACUGGUCUAUGGAUGAAAAAUGUUCAUUUUGUAACCUACAGAGAGAAGCAGUCAGUGAUUGUAUACCAUCUCUUGAUUCUUCACAGUCAACGCCAACGGAGGAGCUAUCAUCUCAGGGCCAGUCCAACACUGAUAAGAUUGAAUACCAAGCAGAAAAUUACCUAAAUACACUCUUUCGAAAGAAAGAUCUUCCUCAGAACUGUGAUCCUAACAUUCCCUUAGUUGCUCAGGAAUUAAUGAAAAAGAUGAUACGUCAGUUUGCAAUUGAGUAUAUUUCAAAAAGUGGUAAAAUUCAAGAGAAUAGAAAUGGUUCAAUUGGACCAAGCCUAAUAUGUAAAAGUAUCCAAAUGAAUCAAGCAGAGAACUCCCUCCAGGAAGAGCAGGAAGGCCCCUUAGACCUCACUGUGAAUCGAAUGCAAGAACAAAAUACUCAGCAAGGGGAUGGAGUGUUAGAUCUCUCUACAAAGAAAACCAGCAUAAAAUCUGAAGAGUCAUCCAUAUGUGAUCCUUCUUCUGAAAAUUCAAUGGCUGGUUCAACUAUUGAUGCAAAAUCAGAGGAAGCUACUAAAAUGGAAAAAGGAAAAUCAGCAUUAAGCAAAGUUUUGGAAUCUUUGUGCAUACAUCACCAGCAACAAGUUUUGGCUAUGUUGAAAUUUCUAGUCCAAGAGCAGAAUGCUGCUUCUCUUUGCUGUUGUAAUGCAUCAUGUGUUGUGGCUUCAGAAUCUCAAAAGCCUUUAACUGAAGAUGAUUUACACGGUCUGUUCUGUAGUUGUGAAUAUAGGCUGGCAGAAAGAGGGUAUUUACAAAAUGAAAGACAAAGCCCUGGUUUAGAGCCUCUGCCAGUCUGUAUUAAAGAUUUGCAUUGUUUAUCUCACCAAACUGUAACUAUUGAACACAUUAAGACAGUAGUGAAUAGAGGAAUUACAAACAGUUGUAAUUCUCACAGGUGCUGUUCUGGACUGUUACCAGACAUUCGCUCUGCAACAUCAGCCUUUUGUAGUCCUCUUCUGUCAAGGGAAAUAUGUGAUCUUUCAGUCAGUCUUAAAGAUCUUUCUAGAUCUCGAAGUCCCUCACCUCCACCAUUAUCACCUGUAGAAACUGAAGGAUUUGAAAGAUUGAAAGACGUCAUCUCAGAGAUUUCAUCCUUAGAAAAUAAACUUGAAACAAACAUUAACCAGCCUCCAUCUCUCACACCAGCCGAAAUAAGCAGCAACAAGGGUGAUCAUGAAGGUGAAGUUCAUAAAAUUAAAAAAUCCAAUAACUCCGAUUCUUUGCUCUCAGAAGACAGCAAUAAUUAUACUACAAAUCAUGAAAAAGGUGAAACUGCUAUAAUUUUUCAAGAUUUAAUGGAUCGCAUUAAUGAAAAAUUAAAAUCAAUAGAAACCACAGAUAUGACAAGCCUUGUAAAAUUAUCUAGCAGUGAUUGUAAUACAGAUAAUGACUUAAAAUUAGGAGAUUUAAUAACCUCUCUGUUGCAUAAUGCAAAGGCCAGUGAUUACAGUUUUAUGGAAUUAUUGAGUCAACAUGAUAAAAAGGUUGAAAAUAAAAUUAUUCAGACAAGAUUUCGAAAGCGUCAGGAAACCUUAUUUGCAAUGCACAGCUCCUGUGAUUCAUCCAUGUGUAGAAGGCAGUCUUUACAGAUAAAAAGAGAACUUGCUAAUCUUGGUGAAAAUUUUGUAAGAAAAAAAUACACCGAAAAGAAUGCGAGGAAAUUGAUGCACAACGAUGAGAUGUUUUUAUCAGACAAAGAAGAAUUCAGUCAUUGCCAAGGGCCUUCUUUACAAAAUCCUAAAAGCCUUCAAGACAAAAAUCAUGUAGAAACAUCUUCACCAAAUUUUGCAUUACACUCAUUGCAACUACCUCUUAAUAGUUUAGAAACUAACUUGGCUUUUGAUAAAUUUUCAGAAAGCUUAAAAACAACUUCACCUGAGAAAAUAAGCAUAAGAAAGUCACAAGAGAAAUCUUCAGCUGGAAAAAAGAAGUUGAAAAAUCAUAGGGAGAAUCCAAAAUUAGAGAAUUGUCCAACUUCUACAAAAAGAGAUGUUUCUGGACUUUUAAGCAGAACUAAACGAAAUAUUGUGCCUCCAGGAUGGUAUUCUAUAUAUGUAACAAAUAAUUAUAUUUUUAAAAAAUCCCCUAAGGCUAAAAAGGUACCCAAGCCCAUAAAAGAAAAAGAUCCAAUGAGAAAUAUUCAGAUUGAAAGCUCACAUAAUAUAGAUCUAAACAAAAUUGCAAUGAAUUCUAAUUUACAAGUUGUUGUGGAACGUUUGGAAGAUACCAUAAAUAUGGCCAAAAAAUCUUGGAAUCAUCAUCCAUUGUCAGAAGGUUAUAAAACAUCCAAGAGAUUGAUAGAAAUUGAUGGUAAAGAUCAAAAUGCUGGGAGAAAUGUGGCUCUUUCUCUAAAUAGAAUGACAUGCAAAGAGCAGGGUUUGUCAAAAUCUGUGGUAAUCUCCAGCAAUAUCAAAAGUCAUCAUAUGCCUACAGUGGAUUUGAAUAACAAAAGACUGGAUAGUCUGAAAAAGUCAUCUGUUUUAGAUAUGGGUAGCUUGAUUUCCAGUGUUGAAAAUGUGCCAGCAAAAUAUGAAAGUAUCGAAAGCUCCUCUUUUUCCAACUAUUCUAGCCCUAUCAAACUUAUGUUUUUAUCUGAGAUUAAAAGCAGUGAAGGAGUCAAAUAUACUUUAACUUCUGUUGAUACUUCAGAAUCAAAUGUUGAUCUUUCUUUGGAAAAAUGUACAACACAUCAUGUAACUGAAAAAAACACAGAAACAAAUAAGGAUAUCCCAGAUGCUAACUUUGAAAAUUAUAGAGCUAAUAAUCAUUGUGAUACUGAUUCUUUUCAAAAAGAACUAAACAAAUUUAAUUGUGUAAAAGAAACUGCAGAAUCCUCAGCAAUGUUUAUAGAUGAUAUAAAUAGUGACAUGCCACAAGAAGAACCCAGGGACAGUUCAAGCAGUGCGAAUUCAUCUUUUAAAAGAAAACCAGGUAGACCAAAAAAAAUAGGUCCCCAGGUUGUGAAACAGAGCAAGCGGCCAAUUGGAAGACCCCCAAAGCCUAAAAUUGACCAAUCAGACAUCACCAUUUGCCAGAAUGAUUCCUUUCGUGCUGGAAGGAAAAGCCCAGAAUCUGCCUUAUCAGAAGUAAAAGAAGGUAUUUAUAAAAAGAGUAUUAUAGUGACUGUUAUUUAUGGAAGGUCAAGAAGAACUAAAAGGCAUGUCUCUGAAGGAAGUGUUAACAUGAGCAAUAUUGUGUCUUUAAACAAUACUGUUGCUGAUUUUCCAACUGAGUAUAAUAGUCUCAGAAAUAUUGGAAAGGACCAAAUUGACUUGGGUGAAAGAUUAAGUGCUAUAUCAAGCCUGACUACUGAAAGUGAGAUGUUGAGGUCUAGCUUUGAAUAUGUUAGGCCCAUCAAGAACAAGUCUGUGAUACUUCCACCUUCCAAGAACAUUAUUCGACCAAAUCUAAAGCCUUUGCCAGUAAGUAGGAAGCCUGGGAGACCUGCAAAAGUGAAAAUUUCUGGCAUAUCUGUAACUAUUAAUAGAAUUUCACCUCAGGAAAGAGAAGUAAGUGUUAGCAGCUGCUUACCUCCUUUAGAACAGAAUAUGUUUGAAAAAAAUCUGCCUGAAGAAAAGCAUAGUCCACAAUAUAGUAAGAUGGGUAGAACAAGGCAUACUGCAGCCAGCAUAGUCAAGAACGGGUUGGAAGGUGUGGUUGCUCCUCUAUCUUUGAGACAUUCUAGUAGGGAUAGAAAGCCAUCUCUGCAUUUCUUACAUUCAUUAGCAUCUUCUAGCUCACUUAUUUAUAGAAAUCCUGUGCUCCAUAAGUCAUAUAAACUCCAUUUGCAAACAGGUAAAAGUCACAAGGAAAAACAUAGGCAGUCAAGGACAAAAUUAGCUUCCAAAGAUACCCCAAGAUCUAGACAUUCAAGGAAUGCAAGAAAGUGUUUGGAAGAUAACAAAUUAACACCCAUUUCUGAAGUAUCCUUGGACCCUAUAAUCUCAUCGAACCCUUUGCUCAGGUGGUGGGCUACUUCUACUUCAAAUGAUUCCUUACUAGAGGAAUUAAACAACAGAUUCGAGCAAAUAACAAAUGCUUGGGUGAAAGUGAGUGGAGAUGAAGCUGAAAAUUGUGUUCAUAAAAAAAGAGAAAACAUUGAAAACGAUCAUUUCAAAGUAGCAAGCCCUUUGGAAACUUGUCUUUUAGAACUUGAAGUUUCACCAGUAAAAAUGCUUUUUCAGAAAAAAUAUGAUUUAAAUGAACUCUGUACCUGGUUUAUGCAAACAACAGAAACACAGUCUCUUUCCCUAGUUAGAAAAGCAAAUGCCCGAAAUCCUUUGGAAGUAAUAAAUACCAGGGGUAUCAAAUUAGGGAUGAAAUACUCUGACUUUACUACUAGCCCUUUCAGAAAGCACUUUAAAAAAUUUGCACUCUCUUCUCCUUCAAAAUCAGCAGGGAAGUUGCAUAUACUGCGGAAAGUGGUUAGCUCUCCACUCUUAAAUGUGAAAAAUAAUUUAUGCAUAGCUAGAUUAAAAAGGACUGAGUUUAGGAGGUUGCAUCAUGAAAGGUGGAAAAGAGAGGGAAAGUCGCACAACCACAGUUCAGUUGGUUGGAACUCUAAAAGGAGAAACCUAAGAUUUUUCUGCCAGAACCAAUUUUUAAAUAAGACUAAGGGGGGAGCAGAUGCUGACUUCUCACUCCAAGGAGAAAGCACAGUAGAUAAUGAGUGCAUUUUGCCACCUGAGAUCAAGGAUGACUUAUUGCAACAGAGAGCGGCAAUGCCUGGCUUCAAAAUAGAUGCUAGUUUAGAGAAUAAAUUGAAGUCAGAAACAAAAGAGAACGGAAUAAAUUGCAGCCAAAAAGAUUUUGAAAAGGGACCAAGACUAGGAAACAUAUGUCCAGAUAAUUGGAGGUCAAAAACCUUAAAAGAUUGUAGGAUAUUUUUGAGAAAGCUCAACUAUCUUGAACAUAAAAAUACUUUUAAGCUAAACACAAUCAUUUAUUCUCCUGAAUCUGUUGACAGUGGAAGUAAUCGCCAGACUCAGAUAGAAGAAUCAAAGCGCUUUACUUUAAGAUCUCAUUCUACUAAGCAAAAUUCUUUUAAAAAGCAAUCUAAAGAAAUAGAAAAUGCUAAAGCAAAUAGUCCUUCAACCGAUAAAUUUGCUGGCCAACUUGACAGUAGUAAAUUAAGUAAAUGUGUUAACUUUGACAAGAAUCCUUCUGAUAGUUUUGAAGUUAUUAGCAAUUUGAACAAAAGAAAAAGACCACCAUGGAAGACCACAGAAAUGUCAACAAAAAGACAUAAACGACAGUCUGGCAACAGUGGACAAAUGGCAAACUAUUUUUCAAAAUCCCUAGCAUGCUACAAAUGAAAACUGAUGAGAAACUGAAUUUGUCUGAUGGGAACACAGCAAGUUGCCCUUUGAGCCCCAUUAAGAUGUGCCUUAAUCGCCCUGUUGAAUGGAAUCUGAAUUUGACAGCAGCAUCUCUAGCGAGCUGUACAGUUCAUAACCAAAAUCUCACAAGUGAAGAGAAAUAGAACGCACUUCUUGCACUACCCUUAUUUUGUACGUCGAUACUUUCUGCUGAAUAAGCGUUUAUCAAUUGAUCUUGAAAUAUUUCUAGUCCUGUGAUUUGUCUUUAUAUUAAACCAUUAGCAUUAAUCAUUUUGAUUAUAUUCUUUGUAUGUUUUUUUUUUUUUUACGUGUUUUACACCAGACCAUUGUGGAAUUUUGUAGUACAGAUUUUGAUGU